AUGAACAUCUUCCGCUUCCUCGGCGACAUCUCCCACCUCGCCUCCAUCUUCAUCCUCCUCCACAAGAUUCAGACAACCCGGUCCUGCCGCGGCAUAUCAUUCAAGUCACAGCUCCUCUACCUCGUCGUAUUCGUCACCCGCUAUGUCGACCUCUUUGUCUACCCCCUCAUAUCCAUCUACAACACCCUCAUGAAGCUCUUCUUCAUCGGCUCAACAGCCUAUGUGUUGUACCUCAUGAAGGUCAAGUUUAGACCAACCCACGACGCUUCACUGGAUACCUUCCAGCUCGCCUACAUCCUCGGCCCCGUCGCCGUGCUCGCCCUCAUCUUCAACUAUGAAUUCACCCCGUUCGAGAUCACUUGGUCAUUCUCCAUCUGGCUCGAAUCGGUCGCCAUCCUGCCGCAACUGUUUAUGCUCCAGCGGACGGGCGAGGCUGAGACUAUCACCACGCACUAUCUUGCGGCGUUGGCGCUUUACAGAGGACUGUAUAUCCCCAACUGGAUGUACAGGUACUUUACCGAAGGCAAGUUUGACAGUAUCGCGGUGUCUGCUGGUAUCAUCCAGACCCUCAUCUACGCCGACUUUGGCUACAUUUACGUCACCAAGGUCUUGCGUGGCCAGAAGUUUGAGCUCCCCGCGUAA